AUGUUGGAGAAGGCGAAGGAGUUUCUCCUAAACUCUGGCGUGGAACCUGUCCCGGAAGAGGGAUUAAACAACGACGCCAGCGCGAAUAAUAACGAUGAGAAGCAAACUCCAACUACCUUCUCAUUUCAUCAAGGCUCUGCUGAAGAUCUCCGCCAAAUUAUACCUGACGGUGGCACUGUAGAUCUCUUGAUAGCUGCCCAAGCGUGCCAUUGGUUCGAUUGGACCAAGGUAUGGCCUGAAACUCGCCGGGUGCUACGAAAAGGAGGGACUGCUGCCUUUUGGGUGUAUGGCGAGUUUCGUCUCCCUGCUUUUCCAGGUUCGGAACCCAUUAUCGCAGCCUACACCGAUCCGCAUUCGCCGACGAGUGUUGGAAGCUACUUCGAGCGUCCCGGUCGAACUAUCCUUGAAAGACUCUUGGUCGACGUUCCUGCUCCUGAAGACGUUCUCGGAAUUAAGGAGUCCGAUGGCUUGAAGGAUUUCCAAAGGGUUUAUUUCGCCGAACCUGAUUCGAUCCCAGAUCGAGAGGAGAAUUAUGCCCAUCGGCCUGGUCUCGUACACCCUGUCUUGAUGCGAGCCUCUUGGACAUGGCUUCAAUUAUUGGGCUAUCUGCGCACAUGGAGCGCUUUACACGCGUACCUCGAACGACAUUCGGAAGACCUGAAGCACGAAGACGAUGCUCGAUUUCUGCAAGACGACCUGAACGCCAUUCGUGAAAUGAAUCACAGCCGGGAAGCAUACGUUCGAGGAGGCGAUGUAUGUGUUCGAUUCUGGAAAGACUUGCGCGAGGUUGCAGAGAAGCAAUUGACGUCGAGAACAUGUGCAAAUGGUUCAGGGGACAGUAUUGGCUUCACGUUGAUGGAUAAAGUUACAGUCGAGUGGCCGCUUAGUCUACUACUUGCCAGAAAGGCGUAA